UUGCCCAUCCCUCCCAUCUUCCCCCAGGUCCUUUUGCUGGGAGCACUGCCCACAUCAGGCAGUGGAGGCAGCACCAAUGCAGGACGCAACCUGCAUCAUCUGCAUGGAACCCGUGGGUGACAGCAGGUCAUACAGCACCAUUGCGUGCCGAGCCUGCAAACAAGCCUGGUUCCACCGGGUCUGCAUCCAGGAACAGGCCUUGCACUCAGGGAUUUAUCGCUUCCAAUGCCCCCUCUGCAGAGACUGGGUCGGGUUUAUUCCAGAUAUGCUCCUCAUGGGGAUCCGCAUCCCAUUCAGGUUGGUGUCUUUCAGCCAGCUCUUGAGAUGUGAGGGCACAAGAGCUGUGCCUGCCCAGGGGCUGCCCCGGCAGGCCUGGCCCUUUACAGCCAUCAACAUUGGGAAGCUGGAACUGGAGAUAGGGUGGCGGGGGAGGGGUUCCAUGGAUGAGUUUUAGUCCGGGGCACCGGGUGCUCA